GUGGCGAGGUGGGCGUGGCUCACCUGCGGGGUCUGAAGGCCGCAGCCGCGGCGAACGUAGUUUUCUUUGAGAGGCGGCCGCGAUGGGGCGGAGCCGACGAUGUGAGGCGAUGCUGGUGUUGCUGGUACUGCUGGUACUGCUGGGCCCCGCGGAGGCGCUGCCAGAGGUCUGCAGCUUGCCGAAAGUGGUGGGCCGGUGCCGGGCUGCCUUCCCCAGGUGGUGGUACAACACCACCAGCCAGGCGUGCCAGGAGUUCAUCUAUGGGGGGUGCAGAAGCAACGGCAAUAACUUCGUGACAGAAGAGGAGUGUCUCCAGAAAUGCGACACAGGUGGAGGUGGGGAGGCAGCAGAGAUCCCGUCGACCAGCCAGGGAGGGGCCAUGUUGCCUGCCACCGAGGCUGCUCCAACCUCUGGCCACCGCCAUGAGCCAGGAGAUGACAGAAUCGGCUUCAAAGAGUUCUGUGCUGCACCCCAGGCAGUGGGCCCCUGCCGUGCCUCCUUCCCACGUUGGUACUUUGACACUGAGACACGAACCUGCAAGAUGUUCAUCUACGGCGGCUGUGGCGGCAACAAGAACAAUUAUGUCUUUGAGGAACACUGCUUGAGCCAGUGCACCGGAGACGGAGCAAUAACUGAAGAGCCAGAGGAGCCAAAGACGCACUCCCACCUCUUCCCUGACCCCAUGAUCCACUCCACCAGAGCGGUGGUGCUUGCGGUGCUCCUAGCCCUGAUGGCAGCUGCCCUGCUGGGGUCCAUGGUGGUCUUCUUUGUCAAGCUCUGUAGGAGGAGCCAGGAGCUCUCACUGGGGACGGUGUGGAGCACGCUGGAUGACAAGGAGUACCUGAUGAGCAACGCCUACACCCUCUGAGAGUGCCGCAGAGCCACUCUCUUCUCUUGACUCUUCCCUCUGUAGGGCCAGCUUUGUAGGAACGCUCUGGGAUGAUAAACCUCUCCCAGGGAGGGCCGCCUUUUCUCAUGCCAUCGGUCUCUGUCCAAUUUUGCUCAUCCGUCUGUUCCUAGCACAGCUCUGUCAAAUAUGUCCACCGAAGGCUGCUCGGAAAAGUAGAAGGGGGGUUUUCUGGUGCCACAACUCACUGGGAAGGUUUGAUUCCUUCUGAGGGAGGGAGCCUGGGGUGCCUCUGACCAUGAAGUGGAUGGACGGGACUUUGCAAAUGCAGGUGCUGCUGCUGCGGAGAUGCUUGGGCUAUUGCCCCCCUGCAUGGCACAGCCUGCAAGUUGUACCGGGCGGGUGGAACUCCUUUCUGGUGGGCCCUGUCGCCACGGCUACUUCGCCUUCCCUCGGAUAUGUCCCAGUGAAGCUCCGGGUUAUGGGAGAUGAAUGUUCAAUGCUGGUGGAGCCCUGGCCCAGGCAAAGGGUUUUGUAGGGGUGGGGUGGGGUGGGGUGGGGUCCCUGGCUGAGUUAAGCUGUGAAUUCUCACGAUAGGGUAAAAAGGUGAAGGCUGGGUGCGGGGUGGAGAGAGAGGUUGGCAGGGGGGCACGCUUUCCUUUUAGAUUUUCCCCAGUGUAAAAUAUUGGUUGGAGGGGGUAGGGAAGAGUCUCCUUCUGAAUUCCCCACCCCCAGUGUUCACAGCUCUACUCCAAAGGCGGUGGGAAGGACCAGAGGUCAGUGUCCAUAGCUUAGGGUGGGGGUUUCUUAUGUUCAUCUGAGCUGAGUCUUGGGAGGAGAGUCCUGCACCUUGAUUGACCCAGGGCUGCCAGCAAGGGGUGGGUGUGGACUUUGAAGUGGCCUCUUGCUGGUGGGGGGAGGGGGGCUGCUUCCAAGAAGACUUCAGCAGAUUCCUAAUGCCCUCAGGCGGACCCCACUGAGCCCCACAAACAGACCCUAGCUGUUUCCCAGCUGCAGGCGCUCCGUUUGCCCGAAAGGGAUGUGAACUGCCCCUGCUCUCCACAGGAAGGCACUCUGUCAGCUGCUGAAUUGGUUGGACCCCUUCUGUUCCUCUGUUGUGUGAGGCUGGUUUCUCUUGAGCCCAAGAGGGUUCCCAGCAAGAUGGCACAUUCAGGGGUUUUGCUUGACUCUGCUGGCUAUCCCGUUUGUUUGUUCAUCUUGAGCGACUUCCAGUUUCAUGUUGGUUAGAGGAUGCCUUGCUCUGCUCUGUUCUCCCUCUGAGCUACCUGCUUCUUCCUGCAGCUUCUCCAUCAAGGCUGGCCUGUCCCCUUCUUCUGCAAUGUGUGCUUCUAUCCGAUCUUGCUCCAAUUCUCUAAGACAUGCAGCCUCUGCUCUCAAGAUUAACAGACAUGAUGGUUUCUAGUUGCUGACUCUUGUACCUGCCUGUCUGGUAGUCUAGGCUGUGUCUUCCUGCGCUGUAGCACAUGGUGUUCAGAAAAGGUGAGGCAGCUGUUCAGUUUGGCUGAAGCGAACUCAAAGCCGUUGGCUGUGGCAACAGUGUGUAACUCUGCUUGUGGUUUUGUGACUGACUGGACUGAGCAUUUCUAAAUCUUCCUGAUUUUUCAGUCCAUGGAAUCAGCAUGCUGGUGCUGCCUGGCAGGGAAACAGCGAGGGCACUUAGAGGCUUUGAGAAGACCGGUUCCAAAAAAAGUCUCUUCUUGCCUGUAUCCACAUUCUCUCCCCCCCAACCCCUCGGAGUUUCAGGGGCUGCCCUGCUCAUCUCCAGAGCAAGUUCCCUUUCUCUGUGGCCCGGCCUGCCUGCUGGCUGUGCCCUUUCCUGCCUCCAGCAGCUCACAUUCCCUGGAGAGGCAGACACGGAGCCUCACUGCCAUGGAGCAAAAUAUUAGUGUGUAGCAUGUAGUGGAUUUUUAUACUUUUUAAAAAUUGAAACUUGAUUGUGUGGAAUCUUUUGGAAUUGUUCUUUUAAUUGUCUUUUUAAUUCAAGAAGGGUUUUCAAUAAAACAGAUCAAACUUU